CUGUCAUAGGCCUCGGACAUGUUGUAUGUCCCUGUUCGUCAAUGAACGAGUCCUUUUCCUCUUACCCUUUGCUGGGAUUCACUCUUAUACCGCCGUAGGACGACUCUAAUUCCCAUUUCUUGCUCAUCUGCACAGUCAUCGUUACUCUUGCCAUGUCGUGGACACCUAAACGUUCUCUUUCUGAAACCGAGGACAUACUCUGCGCUCCCGGAUGUCUUCACGAAGUAGAGACUCGCUUAGUCGACGGCAAACUCCUCAAGGUCUACAAGAACUUGGCCCCAACGCUCCGCGACUUCUGGGUGUCGGCCGUGGACAAAAAUGGCGACAAAACGUACAUCGCAUUUGAGAGCGAGCGCUAUACUUACCGCCAGGUUUUUGACCGCUCGGUGCGUACAGCGGGCAUCUUCUACACUGUUUACGGUAUUAGGAAAGGUGACCGAGUUGCCUUGUGCUCUAGAAAUGUAGCCGAGUAUUUAGUCAUUUUUUGGGCCGUCCACCUCCUUGGCGCCGUUCCAGUUCUUGUCAAUGCAUGGCUCCCUCUCGAGCCGCUGACCUUUUGUCUCGUACAUACCCAGCCCCGAUUACUCAUAGUUGACGCUGAACGUUCCAUUGUUCUUGCGCCUGCCAUUGACAAAACAUGUGCCGAAGCUGGAAUCGUCGCUGUCUUGGUUUUGCAUCCAAAAGAUUUCCCUCAAGGGAUGGAGAGCUAUCACGAUGCCGUCGACAAAUACCUAGGUGCCUACAGGGAUAUUUUCGAAAAUUAUCCUACUAUCAGCCCCGAGGACAACGCUGCCAUAAUGUUCACUUCCGGUACGACCGGCUUACCGAAGGGCGUAUUAAGCACUCAGCGCCAGUUUCUCACAAAUACUCUCAACACUAUCGUUGGUGGAAGGCGAGCGCUCCUCAGACGAGGAGGAAAUCUCCCGGACCCUGCGGCCCCGGUUCAAGGACCCCAAAAGGGCGCCCUCAUCGCCGUACCGCUCUUUCACGUUACCGGAACUACUAGCUAUAGCAUGUUGGCAACCAUGUCCGGGAUGAAGAUUAUCCUCAUGACCAAGUGGAUUCCAGAAGAAGGUUCUAGACUGAUAAGAGAAGAAAAUGUCAGCGUCGCUGGAGGUGUCCCAGCUAUGGUCUCCGACCUCAUGGACAGCUCUCUUGCCGGGUACCCCCUCGAUGGCCUAUUCUUCGGUGGAUCGCCAGCUCCCGAAGUUCUCUCCUCUAGAGCGAGAGAAGUCUUCCCGACUGCAGAAUUGAGCCAAGGCUACGGGUUGACAGAAACCAAUUCCAUAUCGGUCGCAAUCGCGGGAGAGGAUUAUGUGACUCGGCCAGGUAGCACCGGGCUACCUUCGCCUGUAAAUGAGGUCGCUAUCGUCGAGGAUGGGGUUCGACUUCCCAGAGGCCAGAUCGGCGAAGUUUGGCUACGCGGACCCAAUGUCAUGAAAGGAUACUGGCGUGAUCCAGUUGCCACAAAGAGCGUGCUUACAACCGAUGGAUGGCUCAAGUCGGGUGAUUUGGGAGUGCAAGACCAAGAUGGAUUUCUCUAUAUCAAAGAUCGAAUCAAAGAUAUCAUCAUCCGCGGGGGUGAAAGUAUCUCAUCGAUCUCCAUCGAAAAUGCGCUGUACAAUGAUUCGCGACUGGCUGAAGUAGCGGCCGUGGGUCUUCCGGACCCCCGUCUGGGUGAACUCGUCGCAGCCGUCGUUUCGGUAAAGCAUGCCUUCAAGGGAAAGGUGACGGAGGAGUCUGUGUUGGCACUUGCGCGCAAGAGCCUGCCGAGAUAUGCCAUUCCUGUGAUGAUCCUUGUUCAGGAGACCCCAUUCGAGCUGACGCCAUCUGGAAAGAUCGUGAAAGGCAGUCUGCGCACGCUGGCUCAGGGGGAAUGGAAGAAGCGGAAUGGCGUGGCCUCGGGAGUGCAGAGCCGUUUGUAGGAUCUUUGAGUGUUGGGUCUAUGGUUUGUUGGGCCGUGAAUUUGAGAUUUAUAUGCACUCGUAUCUUCAUAUGGAAUUAUCUUUGUUUCUGCUUCAGGAGAAAUAUGAUUAACUAACUAUUCAC